AAAUGGAGGCAAUGCCAUAGAAAAUCACCUAGCGGCCAGUUCUUAUAACUGCAAUAUUAUCUGCGAAGGAGAGUUUAUGAAUGCUGAGACGGCAGUUAGUCCUUCUUUUAGACAACAAACGCAUAUUAGGCCAGUACGAAAGAAAAGAUAUCUUUCCUUCGUAUUGGCAUAAUUUGAAAUUUUUUCACUCUCUGUCUAACCGCUCUAUACCGCUCUACCUUAGCAGGCACAGACUCAGAGCUACAAUGAGGAAUAGCCUUGCCCAGCCUUAUUCCUAUAUCAAAACGAGGUUUAUCGUAAACCAAUCCGCGAAGACUAGAGCAGAUCAACAACAUAGUUCGUCAUGCCAAAGCGUUGUUAUCUUAGAAAACAGAGGUGUUAGAUAUUCGGUAAGCGACAGCGACCCAUGGUUAUGUCUAUCUUCCAAGAGCCUCCUCAGUAUGUAUCUACUUCACACAAACUCUCGUGAAUAAAUCUACACAGAUAAUGCCACACCGAUACCACUUUUAGAUUGACUUUGAACCACAGACUUGUCACAAAAGCUUUUCCGUACCAAUACGAGGUAAAAAUAUGUGCCGAAGUUAAUGGAAGAAAUUCACCAGGAUAGCGUUUUGCGUUGUACACAACCAGACCGUGAAAACGCUACACCAAAUAUCUACUUCAACAUCGCAGACACUUCUCAACAAGGCAACAAACACAUUUCAAAAUUAAACAACAUAUAACAAGGUCAGUAACUUUACCACCAGUAACCACGCGAAGGACAAUUGGAUCUGAUUUUGAAAGAAGUGCUAAGCUAUAUUGAUAGCAAAACAAAACUCAGGAAAGGCAUCCCAGCACAGAUAGUCGAUAGCAACUGACUGGGCUUCGCUGAACAAUCAAAUCUGUAUGUAGAAUUCCUAUUACCUGCGGAUCAAAUCACCUUUUUGAAGAGCUGUUAAGUAUUCAACUAUACAGUCAAAAUGCCAAAAACCGAGAAACACGUGGAGUGGCUCAACAAGUAUUUUGAGAAGCACAAUAUCGAAGGAGAUCUCAGGGAAACGAGCCAAGUUAUUGCAGGUCAAUGCAACGAAGAACUUUGUACGACGGAGUCCAUGAGAGGACCGUCGCCUAGAAAUAGGUUGAUAAUGAUCGAUGGCAUUGACGCACAAACAGUCGGAAGGUAGAGUUUGCCUCGCUUCUUACAGUCGUUUUAAAUCGAGGGCGAUAGCUAAUAGUAAAUGCAGACACAUGAAGGAACUCAAACAAAAAGCGCUUGGGCAGCCACGAGCCAUACGUCGCAGCAAAGACGCUAUAAGUAGGAUAGAAGCAGUGCGUGCGAAGAGAAACCCGAUAUGGCCAGGUGACAGAAUGCUUUUAGCCAAGUUGAAUAACUCAACACCUGAUAACGUCAAGAAUUAUUGUGAAGAAAAAGCCAGGCUAGAAGCCAAGUACGCGAGUGAAGCUGGUGGGCAGGCACUUGAAGACUGGGAGGCGGCGAAAAGAACAAGGAAAAGGUCCCACAAAUAUGCCGGCAAGAUGUGGGCGGAGUACAACAGGCCAGGCAAUAAGGAUGUGUAUUUGCAAAAGUUGGAAAAUGGCUUGAUCAGCCUCGAGACAGGCGAAACUAUCAAUGGAGACUCAAGCCAGCAGCGAGGCUCAGCGUUAAACCCGGCUAACGGGUACAUUCAAAGCAUACCCGACAUUGUCCAUGCAUCCAAAGGUACCGGGCAAGCUGGUGUCGAAGGUACCAGAGGAGGUGCUGCCAGUAAUGCUUAUACGAUGGGGCAUGUCAUGAGAAACGAGGCUGAUUAUCACAGCAGAUAUGACUCCAUAGCGGGUUCAUCUCAGUAUCUCAUCCACAAGCGGGGGCUUUUUCGAUGCGAGGACGAUGUUGAGCAUGAUUUCAAUCAGAGAUUGAGCCCCACUAAUGGCAGUCUCAAAAGUUUUGACUCGCAGAUGGCCUACAACUUCAAAAAAUACCCAGCCUUCAAUGAUGUCGGAUCUGGCGUAUCAAAGCCAAGACCAGCUCUUUUGGAGUAUAAAGGCUUCGAUUUGCAGACCAUGUCACAGCAUGGUAGACCUAUGCCGGCAUCCAUGCAACCAUUCAGCCAUGAGACUUGCACAAGCACCAUGCUCAUGGGCUUUCAACCAAGUCCUGUGGGUCCAUCGAGCAACAUGACUGACAAACUUUUAAGACAAGGAGGAUGGCAAUACAGACAGGAAGGGAGACCUGCCGCUGCCACCUUCGAGGAACAAGACAAGAGAGCAAGUCAUGUGGGCCUUCCAGUUCAGAAAGACAGGUACGAAUAUCCGGAACCGAGCCAAACGCCGUUUACUGCACCAUCGGAGAAGAGGAAACAAGGGCUUCUUGAGGAAGAAACGGUAGACGUCAGACCAUUCAAAAGACAACGCCAGCUUGAGCCGCAACUCAGAACAGAGCAACAAUGCGUGUCUGAACAACGAUUCCAGCUUGAAAGCAAGUACAAUGGGCACGACGGAGAAGGCUGUUUCGAUGAGGAACUCGAACCAGAACUGGAAGAUCGGUUUAACUUCAGCGGUGUCGCCAGUGGAGAACAUACAUGGCACAAAUAUGAUUGGCACGGAGGUGACGCGCAUAGAAUCACCGCACUCGAUGCGGAGCACCACAGCCACAGUAUACCUGAUCAAGGAAAAGAAAUCGGCACCUUGAAUGACAACGCCAACCCAGAAGGCAGGCUAGAAACUGGAUCUGUCGCCAGCACAGAGAAUCUGACACUGACCAACACAAAUCGUUUGCCUAGUGACAAGCCUGAGAAUGCUAUUGCCCUCCCGGAAGAUGACAAGGGAGACGAAGCUGCUAGGGUAAUCCAAAGCACCACGGGUAAUCGAGCCAGCAUCGUCGGGAAACAAGCUACUUGCGAGGCAGAUGUGCUUGGAUAUCUCCACGAAAUGUCGAGUACUAAGGGAUAUACCAAUGCCUGGUAUUGCCAAGGGUUAGCUCGCAAAUCCGAACCAGAAAUUAAAAGCCCUUGGCAGUCUGGCCACCCUUUUUAUGGAAAUUUGCCCAGUAUAUCCGACUAGCGGCCCCACAAAAGUCAGGGGUCUCUGUUUUCAAGAAAUGAUGCCAACCCGGACAAACUCUUUGACUCCGAUGCAUACACAGCGAGCAGUCACCCAUUUGUUCACUGAUGGAUGCAAUUACUUUUGGCAUGGCCAGCAAGGAAUUAAAGCCACUGUACCUAGUACCCCGCUGCUCUUCAUCACAGCCAGUGGAAACCCCAACCUUGACCUGGCUUUCUUAACCACCCUAUCUCUACGAAAACUACCAAAUCAAUCUUGCGAGCUUAGUCGCAGCUUUCAUAUUCAACAUUAGAUGCAAUCCGAAAUCAACACCUUUUGAGAGAGAUUCUAAGUUUGGCUUGCACAGCUGUCUGCCCGGUCAAUCUUUUCUCCACUCGAAACCCAUCUCCGUGCUAUUUUCAAUGUCUAGCCUAGACAUAGCAAUGGAUCUGAUGGCGGAGGAAGAUCCCGGGGAAUUAAAGAUGGCCUCGAGAUUCCAUCCCAUGGCCGCACCAUGCUUUGCGAUUGAGAACCAAUCGACAUCCAAGUAGCAGUGAGUUUCACGCUGAAGGUGGCGAGAGUCAAACUCCGGAAACCACAGCAGAGGUUCUUUCGACUUUCCUGGCGCGGUUGCAGAGACGUUUCAUAUUUCCAAUGCCUCCACUCUUUGCUGACCCUAACGGAUCUGUCAUGGGCGCUGUCAUAGAUCCUGCCCGUAUUUCCUAAUGUAUGCCAUAGCUCCGCUAUGUGUUUUCCUCUGUGGUGUUCUUGCAUAUUCUGCUUCCAAGUUUAAUUGUCGCUGGUUUUGUGAACCCCUCUCUUAUGGUUUCGGUGGACGGUGAGGCGUGCUACGACGCAAUGAAGCUUCGCUCGUCCGUUUUCGUGGUGAGCAUGGCAUUCAAGCACAAGAACCAGUUAGGUAGUAAGGACCGCAGUCUUUCCCUGCAGAGAUCCUCGAGGUUGGAUCAGGGUGGUGCCACUGAAUGAGGUAAUUCGUCGCACAAAGCCGUGUUCGUCAUUGUUUAUGGUGAAGGUGGCCUUUUGAGGUCUGAGACAACUACUUUAUAAGGUUAUAUCUCAAAAAAAGAACAAAGAUCGCCAUAACAAAGAAUGUAGGAAUACAAGUAACUUCAAAUAUAUUCUGAAACUUUUAUUAAGUUU